ACAAGAAACAAAAAGAUAAACAUUUUUUUCAUCUUACAGCCACAAGAACAGUUAACCAUUUUACCACUUUUUUUUUUGUCCACCUGAACCUAUAGCCGGAGGCCCGGAUAUGACGACAACCAGCCAUGGUUAUGGGACAAAUAUAUCAGUAGGACACCUAAAACAGAGCAUCCCAUAAACAGAGGUUCAGUGAGGUGAAGUUUAUUCGUAAUCAUUUAACAGAUUAGGGAUACAACACAAUCUUUCAAACAGCUGUAUAAUGUAAGUAAUGUUUUACACGAAAGUGAAUUAGGCGAGGAACGCGUUAAUCAACCUAAGACAAGUAAAUAAAUAGGCACUAUGAACGAAGUGAUGAAAAACAUCAUAUACUCACCUUAACCACAUCUUUAGAUGUUCGAAAGAUAUCAAAUCACCACUGUAGUAUACCGGUACGUUCAACAUGUCAGAAAUACACAUGAAGUUGGCAAACAACAAACCACGACGCUGGUCCUGAGAUUUGAAACCAACUUGGGGUCCUAUUCAAAAAAAAAAAAAAAAUUGAUUUGAAAUUGAUAAUAAUUUUCUUAUAGAGAAAACUUUAUUGGAAUUACAUAUUUUAUUUAAAUAAAAAGUUAUUAGUUUCAGUUACCAUAAAAAUAAUAUUCUUUUUAUUAUAGUUUUGGUCAUUUUAAAUUAUAAUAAUCCAAAAUCUAAUAUUUUCUAUUAAAUUUAUGCAUAAUAAAAAUAUAUUUUACUUUUUAUUUUACAUUUUCAUUAUAUAUAAUUAUAUGAAUAUAUAAAUAUAUAAAUAAAUAUAGAAACCAGUAAUUUUUGAAAAAUAAAUUGUUAACCGGGGGGCUCCACAAGGUGGGGGUCCCAAUCAAAUGUUUCAUAAUCAUGUGCUCAAGCCGGCUCUGCUAACAGUAUGGCUUUGCUUCAGUUUCUUACUCAUAUUUAACCUUAAUUUGAAGCUUAUUUAGAUAUCAGUAGAGAACUUUUCAGUAUAUGACAACUUAGGUGUUUGCAAGAAUUAAUCUUUGCAAGACGUUAAGCAAAAUUGUGUUAGGACUCCAAGUCUUAUCAUUCAUCUUAUUAAGCUAGGGGUUUUUAAUCUAUCUAAGGUUCAGUAUCUUUUUAUUUGUUAUGUAUGCACUUCGUUGAUACUUUCGAUCUAUUAGAGGGAAGAAAUCCACAUUUGAUUGCAUUAAAGGAAAAUUUAAUUUCAAGAGGGAGGGUGACACUUCGUUGAGACUUUCAAUCUCUUUAACUUUUUUCCAGCUCCAUCACCAGGCGAGAGACAUUGUUUUCAGCAGCUCGGUAUUUUCUCACCAAGAAGCAUUGUUAGUUUAUACAUAAAAACAAAAUGCAUUUGUAAUAGAUUGAUGAUAUAACGAUCAUGCAAGCGUAUUUCGUAGAUUAUAUGAGAAAAACUUCCAAAGACAACUAUGAUAGAGAUUUUUAAGCAUCAUGUAUUAGCAUGUAACAUCCAAAGACAACUAUAAUAUAGACAAUUUUUUUGUACUUUGUUAAUAACUAUUUUGAUCACCAACCAUUUCUGAAAGUUACAGUAUUGUGCAAAUGCGAUUAUGUUAUUCGAAAAUAAAUAAUUAGUUAUAUAUUUACAAAUACGAUGUGGGACGAGGAGGAACAAAAAAUUUUGAAAGAUAAAUUUUCUAAUACCCUUAAAAGUUAUAAAUUUUAAUGGUUCUAAACCAAAAUAAAAUUCAAAGCAAAUGAAUAGUUUUACUCUAACUAUUUAAAAUUCAAAGCAAGAAAACUAAAAUAAUGAUUCAUACUAAUAUAGAAUAAAACAUUUUAAAAUAAAAACAAAUAUUAAACAAAAAUCAAAAAUAUUUAUUUUAACUAUUUAAAUUAUUUUAAAAUUAUCAUUCCGUCCGUAGAGCGGGCAUAUCAUAGUUAGUUAAAUAAUUAUGCCCGCGCACCUAUACCAGUAUACCACAGACUAGCUUAAGUGUUAAGUAGUGUCAAUCCAUGAGGAUAAGAAUAUAAUAACUUUAUUUUACAUUCCUUCCGAUUAAAAAAGGGAAUAUAAUAUUCCUAAAUAUAGUAACAUUUUUAGGAAUAUAUAUAUGUAAGAAUAUAGUAACUUAAUGUAUUCUGUUCAAACUUAUUUACUUCUUUUUGACAAAAUAUUUCGUUUCCAAAUUAUACAACUAAUCAAAUAUAUCUUUUAUAUACCAGAACAACUACGUAUUCACACCUUUAUGUGUAUAUAUAUAUGCAUACAACACACAAUAUCUCAAUAUUAUCUUUACUAAGAAAAAAAAACAAAAUAACUAUUUUCUAAUCAGUUAGAUAAAAAAUGGGUUUCCAGCUACUGAUUUCGGUGCUUUUAGUAUCAUCGUUUUAUGCGCACUAUGGAGAUAGCGAUUCUGAAUUUAUAAGCGUGAGAGAUUUUCUAUCAGAUUCUGGCAAUACAAACGCUGAUCAAUCUCAAGCGAUUCAAGACGCAUGGAAAGCGUUAUGUGCAGGAAAGUCAAAAUCUCUAGUAAUUCAUGCCAACGAAGUUUAUACCUUACUACCACAAGUGUUUCAAGGCCCUUGUGUAGCUAGUAAUCCUCAUAUUCAGAUUGAUGGAAAAAUUGAAGCGCCAAAGCUGGUUAAGGAUUGGGGAAGCAACAAACCAGAAAACUGGUUAUCUUUCGAUAAGGUGUCAGGCCUCACUAUCACUGGAUCUGGUCUCCUUGAUCCCCAUGGGGAAAGUUGGUGGUCUACUGUUAAGUUCGACUCCCGACCACAGGCACUGCAAUUUAAUCGAUGUAACAACCUUAUAUAUAAUGGACUAACUCAAAGAAAUAGUCCAAAGAAUCACAUUUCAAUUAGUAAUUGCAUCCAAGCAACUUUAUCAAAUCUUCAUCUCAUAGCACCUGCAAACAGUCCAAAUACGGAUGGCAUUGAUAUCUCUCUUUCACAACAAAUCAAUAUCUUCAGCUCGGCAAUUCAAACCGGUGAUGAUUGUAUUGCGAUUAAAACUGGUUCAUCCGAUAUCAACAUAACCAAUGUGAACUGUGGUCCAGGCCAUGGCAUAAGUAUAGGGAGUUUGGGGGAAGGAGGAGCCACUGAAACGGUAGAAAACGUACAUGUACAACAUUGUACCUUCACUGGCGCUGAUAAUGCCGCAAGAAUCAAGACUUGGCCGGGAGGAGGAGGAUAUGCCAAAAAUAUUUGGUACGAAGAUAUUACGCUGAUAAAUACCAAAUUCCCCAUCAUAAUCGAUCAGCAAUACGAUGAUGAUUUUUAUAAAUAUGCAAAGGGAAGUGCUGUGAAAGUGAGCGAUGUAACUUUUAGAUACUUCAGAGGGACAUGUGCGCAACCCAUUGCAAUAAAACUAGAUUGUGAUAAAAUAGGUUGUGGUAACAUCGUGUUGGAACACAUCAACAUUACUUCUUCAUCUCCACAAACAAGUCCCAGCGCAAUUUGCCGUUUCGCAGAUGUGACUAGCAGCUUUGUCAACAUUGAUAUGAAGUGUGUUAAUCAUGCAGAUCUUCAAGGUCCAUCACCGAGUCCGGAACUUCCAUCACAGUAUGAUCAACCUCAUGCACAGCUUCCUCAAGCUUCUGCUCCGCAUGCUCAAGCUCGACCGUUCUUAUCUUUUCUAUAAUUUAAUUAAGCCAUUCUUGGUAUUUCAUAAACGGACUUGAACACACAGAAGUCAUUUUGUAAUCUUUAAACCUACAGUCGAGAGAUAUAAUAAUAAUAACAAUAAUAAUAAAAUAAUAAAGGAAAUUUUUUAUCAAAAUACUUCAACUAAUUUUAUCCACUUUAAUGCAUUAACUAAUUAUUUUAUCCACUUUAAUACAUCAGCUUUCAAAUUAUACCCAUUUAAUACAUUAGAACAGUAACAUUAUUAUCUGCUUAUCAAUGUAUUUAAAACUGAACCGAAUAAUUGUUUGUUUUGGUUACAGUUGAAUAUGGUUCGACCAGAUCGAAUUUAGUUCAAAAUUAGAAUCUGGUUUGUCUUCUUCUCAGGAUCCUUAUCUACACUGUAAAGUCUGUAAUCCCUCAAAGUAUUUACCUUUUCAAAUCCCAUUAGCACCAUAGAAAUCCAUGGGCUAUCUGCGACAAGAUUUUUUUAGAGAGAUUUCAGUACCGUCUCGCUGACAGAGAGUCGAACUUGCGACCUCUGACAGUCGUGUGCGAGAAUCUCAUUGAAACCACUAGGCUAUCAAUGAUAUCUCAUGUAAAUUUUGGUAUUAUACGUUUUUCAGGAAAAUUUAAUAGAAUAUUACAGUGUGAAAAUCACAUUACAGUGUGGAAAUCAUCAUCCUAGUUUUUAAUAGUAUAUAGUGUUAACUUUGGUAUUAUACGUUUUUCACGUAAAUUUUGUAGUGACCAAUUUUAAAAUUCACUAAAUAUAUUUAAGGUCGGCUCUGAGAUAUUAGGGUCUUUAGACGAUUUAAUAAAGAUUUUAAUAAUUUGGUGGCCUAAAAUU